GGAAGAAAAGAAGAAGAGCCGCAGUCCAACAUGGCGCUGCGCAUCACUGACAUGGGUGUAUUUUGACUUUUACAGACGUGAGAUCAUAUAGGUUUCUGGAGUGGCUCUGACAUUCUUCAGGAGACACCGCGGCCAUGCGCUGACACGAUCAGACCACGCACUUGAGCAGGAGCCAUGUGGGUGACCUGGGGCAGAGCUGUCAAACUCCUCCGGAGCCAGCUCCAGCAGUGGCGUCCCCUGUGCCUCGGGAGAGAGUAUCUGUGCCUGGGAAAAGUUGACACACCGUCGGCCAAACCCCCCUGGAACGUGCUGUUUUUCGGCACUGACCACUUCGCAGUGGAGUCACUCAAAGUGCUCUCGACCAGUAGAAAAUCCGAUGACCCUGUCGUACAGACUCUUGAAGUGGUGGCUCUAUCGGGAGAUGUCCCGGUGAAAAGGUUCGCCCAUCAGAAUUCUCUCCCAGUGCACAGCUGGCCCCCAGACAUCAGCCACAGGCAGUUUGAUGUGGGUGUCGUGGUGUCCUUUGGCUGUUUGCUUCCACAAAAACUCAUCAGCAAGUUUCCAUUUGGGAUUCUGAAUGUGCACCCAAGCCUGCUCCCACGUUGGCGAGGCCCAGCACCCAUCUUCCACACUAUCAUGCAGGGAGAUGAGGUCACGGGGGUCACAGUGAUGCAGAUCCGUCCUCACAGGUUUGACGUAGGCCCCAUCCUCAGCCAGGAAGUUUAUCACAUCCAAAAGAAACUCACGUCAGAUGAGCUCGGGGAAGUUCUAGCUGUUAAAGGAGCAGAGAUGCUUAUAGACACACUGAAGAACUUGUGUGAAAAACUACAAAAUAAGAAGGAGCAGAAUACGAUGGGCACAACAUUUGCCCCAAAAAUCAACAAAUCUUUGAGCUGGCUGGUGUGGGAGGAGCAGACCACUGAGAGCAUCGACUGCCUGUCUCGUGCUAUUGGGUCGCGGAUCCCUUUGCGAACACUAUGGAUGGGAAGGACAGUCAAACUAUUAGAUUAUGUGGGAAGGUGUCACAAUGUGGUGCCAGAUGGAAGUGGAAAACUACUUCCUGGAUCUGUGUUCUAUCUGAAAGAGUCUAAUAUUCUCAGUGUUCGCUGUAAGGAUGGCUGGGUUGGAUUCCGAUCUGUGCUGCUGAAAAAGCGCUUGACCGCUGCAGACUUUUAUAACGGUUACCUGCACCAGAGCGUCAAGUCCCCCUAUGGUCAGCCUGCCCAUGGCCUGUUUGUCAGUGGAAGGACACUACAGCCAAACGAUGAUAAUAGUGAACACAAAAUAAAUGUCACUACAAGACCUACGUAACUCCUUUGAUGUUUUGGAAUAUUUAUUUCACCAACAUGGAUUCAUCCUGCUCUACAAGGCAUUUCAUCAACAACUGUUUAUUUUACUUGACAUUAAAGAGCUGGUGAAAUGUGCCCAACUGAAUCUAAAACAGGAAGACCACUGAUAAAUCUUCAUCAACAACCAAAUACGCUGCUUAUUCUCUGAAGCCGCACCCUGAUUUUGAUUUCUCCAAAUGUGAUUGAGAAUAUUAGGUGAACAUUAGGGCUGCAAGAUUCAGGUCGAAAUCACAUAAUUUGAAUGGAUUCAAUUAGCAAAUCACAAUGGCUUCAGUUUUUGAACUACCAUAAUAAAUAUUGUUUACUCUGCAUAAAAACUGCUAACCCUAUAGUUUAUAUCUGUACAAACAUGUUCUGAAAUGUCAUUCUUGUAUUAGUUUGUCAGAUAAUAUUUCAGUCUUUUUGUCAUUUCUUCUGGACACAGUUAAAAUGUGAACUUUGAAGCGAUUGUUAGAUAUUUUCCCCUAAUCUUUCAGCCCUAGUGAACAUCUUUCCAACACUGCGCUGUUGCCUAUCAUAUGCUACCAGCUGAAUGUUUUGCACUAAAUAGGCAAUUUAAACAUUCUUGUGUUGGAUUUUUAUAUUAAACUUAUUUAUGUUGUUAUGUUUC